AUGCCGCAACUUUCUCCUGCCAUUCUGUCUGGCACUGCAUUGGCAGAGAAUGUUUUGGCGACAUUAAAAUUAAGAAUUGAACAUCUUCGUAAUCUGCACGCAGUUACUUCCAAAUUGGCGAUCGUCAAUGUUGGCACGAAUCCAGCUUCGGCCAAAUACAUUCGCGCAAAGAAAAAGGCAGCUGAGAAAGUAGCUUGGUGUUUGACCAUUAGAUAG